UCUCAAACCGACGCUCCUCUCUCUCUCUCUUCUUGUUUCUCAACGCUACGAGAGACGUGGGAGGGACAGAUUUUCUCCAUUGCAUCAAGAUUUGCCGGUGAAGAAGCUUCAUUUCUCGUUGUGGGGAGUCUUGAGACGGUGGGAAGCUUGGAGAAAGAGGGUUUUUUGGUUUUUAACACCAAGAAGGUAAGAAAUAACUCAUUUUUGCCGUUGAAUCGUUCAUUUCUCUUAUUUCCUACAUUUAUUUGUACGUUUUUACUUGUUUUGUGAAGAUAUAAUGUCGGAUCCUGCAUGGCAGUGGUGUACAAGGGUGAAUCCCAAAGAUAGAUUAAGAGUUAAGUGCAAUUAUUGUAAGCAAAUCAUAUCAGGAGGGAUUUCUCGCUUUAAACACCAUAUAGCUGGUACACACAGCGAUGUGGCUGCUUGCAAUGGCUCCCAAGAGAUCCCAUUGCCAGCGUAUGUAAAGCACCAGUGUCAGCAGCUUCUUGAUGCAGUGAAAGCAAGUAGGAUUGAAAAGGACAUGGAAGAUGCGGAGGAAGGAUAUGGGGACCCACAUGAAGGAAAAGAAAGUGAAGGUGAAUAUGUUCAACUUGAACAAGAAGAUGUUGGUGUCAGUUUGGGAACAACUAAAGGGAAAGGCAUCAUGCAUGAAGGUGGUUCUUCUGCAACUGCAACCAGAAAAAGAAGAGGUGCAAGUAUAAGUUCAGUUUCACGAGGACGUGGCAGAAGUCAGGGUCGUACUGGUGGUGGUAGAGUACCUACUAUGAAGUCGAGCAAUAUGUCUGGUUCGAUCAAGAAUUUUUUUCCCAAUUAUACUGCUGCUGGUGCUCAGCCUGAGAUUCGUAUAGCCAUGCAAUCAAAGGAUAUUAUUGAAGCAGCAGAUGAAACCAUAGGAAGGUGGUUCUAUGAUGCAUCCAUUCCCUUCAAUGCAGCAAACUCUUAUCAUUAUCAGUCUAUAGCAGAUGCGAUUGCUAGUGUAGGGCGAGGGUAUAAAAUGCCCUCUUUUCAUAAAUUGCGAGGUAAAAUUCUCAACAAUAUAGUUAGAGAUGUGAAGACAUAUUGUGAUGAACUAAAAUUGAGUUGGAAAGCUACAGGAUGCAGUGUAAUGGCAGAUGGGUGGACAGACAUCAAGAACAGAACAUUGGUAAACUUCCUUGUAUAUUGCCCUCUUGGUACUAUGUUCUUAAAAUCUGUUGAUUUGUCUAAUACUCCGAAGACUGCUGAUGUGUUGUUUGGGAUUUUUGAUAAAGUUAUAGAAGAAGUUGGGCCUGAAAAUGUCGUACAAUUUAUCACUGAUAAUGCAACAAAUUAUAAAGCUGCAGGUGAAAUGUUAGCAACACGAUAUGGGACAUUUUAUUGGAGUCCAUGUGCUGCUCACUGUGUAAAUCUUAUGCUUCAGGAUCUUGGUGAAAGGGAUGAUAUGAAGUUGACAGUUCACAGAUGCCAAGAAAUCACAAAGUUUAUUUACAAUCAUGCUUAUGUCUUGAAUUUGAUGAGGAAAUUCACAAAUGGGGCUGAAUUGAUUCGACCUGCACAAACACGGUUUGCUACAAAUGUUUUGACUGUGCAGGGUAUAGUCAAGCAAAGAUCUUCUCUCAGGCAGAUGUUUUCAAGUGAUGAUUGGGCUGCAUAUCCACAUGCCUAUAAAAGAAAGGCUACGACAGUUGUGGAUACCAUCUUCGAUGUUGACUUUUGGGAAUCAUGUGUGCACUUAUUGAAGAUUUGUGUACCUCUAGUGAAAGUCCUCAGAUUAGUUGAUAGUGAAGAUAGACCUUCUAUUGGAUAUUUAUACGAGUCUAUGGAUAGAGCCAAGGAGGCCAUUAGAGAUAAUAUGAAGGGAAAAAAGAAGUACAUGCCUAUAUGGAAGAUUAUAGAUGAAAGGUGGUCUGGACAACUUCAUCGCCCACUUCAUGCAGCAGCCUACUACCUAAAUCCUGCUAUUAGAUAUCUUCCCACUUUUAAGAAGGACAGAGAGGUCGAGUAUGACAUGUUGGAUUGCAUUGAUGUAUUAGUAAGUGAUAGUAAAGAACAAGACGCUAUCCAUAUGUCGAUCAACAAAUAUGAUACGGCUUCUGGUACCAUGGCGAGAGACACAGCAGUUCGAUGCAGGACAACUAUGCGUCCAGAUUUGUGGUGGGAAAGGUUUGGGCCUGAUUGCCCAGAAUUAAGGAAGCUUGCAAUUAGAAUCCUCAGUCAAACAUGUAGUGCAACUGGAUGUGAAAGAAAUUGGAGUGUAUUUCAGCACAUCCAUAGUAAGAAGAGGAAUAGGCUGGAACAUAAAAGGUUGAAUGACCUUGUUUAUGUUCGUUAUAAUAUGAAGUUGAGACAAAGGCAACUAGAAACAACAUCUACGAGGAAGCAUCACAAUCAAUAUGAUCCUAUCUUCAUUGACCAUUUUGAUAUAUUAGAUUCUUGGGUUGAAGAAGAACCAGCUGCAAUACUUGAUGAGGACGAUCUUGAUUUUUUGAAUGUUGAAGGAGCAGUAGAGAUUGUUGAAGAAGGAGAGGCUGGGGGGGAGCAAUGGAAUGUUGGUGACAUUCCAUUUGCAACAGAGGGGAUAGAAGAAGAAGUUAAUGAAGGAAGUGAAGAUGAUGAUGAAGAAUGAAGAUGAUGAUGCAAAUGACGAUUGACGAUGCUUUUUGUUUUGAGUUUUGAAAACUAUGUCAAUAUGUUCUGAGUUUUGACUUCUGAACUUAUGAAUUGUGAUGUAAUUGAAUACUCUUAGGUUGUUUAGUAUGUUAUUUUGUUUUUUUGAAUGUUUGAUUUCUUAUUUUGGAAUGUCUUGUUCAUAUGCAUAGCUCACAGGUCUUACUUCAUAUACAUGAAUGAUGAAUGUUCCUUUAAAUACGUUUUUCUUGAAUUUUUCUGAUUUUUACUAGUUUUUUCGGAUUUUUUUAGAAUUUUUCUGAUUUUUUUUCUAUUUUUUAUAAAUUUUUAAUAUUUUUUACAAAUUAAAAAAAUAAUUUUACGAUACGUUACGAUACAUUUACGAUACGUUACGAUACGACGUAUAGGUCGGCCCGACCGAUACACGAUACGAUACGGCAGUGAUAACAUUGCCCGUACCUAUGUGACAUAGAUUAUUAGCAAUAUAUAUUGCCCCUUGUUAUCACUACACAACUUUGAAAAAUGACCUCAUGUCUUAAAUUACUUAUUCCAGCCAUGAAAUUCUAUCAUGGUCAAAGUCAUUGUCCACUAUUUGGCUUUCACAAAGGAUAGACACCACAGGCUAGUUAGCAGCCAACCUAGGAAUAUCUUGGUUCAAAAUUCAAGCCCAAUCUUGACUGAGCUUUGGAAAAGUAAGCCCAAGCUCAUAUCAAACAGGAGUCAUCCAUAUUCCAUCAAUACAGUGACAACUAACAUAAAAUGUCUACUAUUUGAAUCAUGUCCAGAAGGACCCACAACAGAAACCAAGAUAACACAGAAUUGCAGGAUCCCCAUAGGUGACAUUCGCAUUAGGUCUCAUAUCUCAAUACUAAAAAGAGAAAGCCUCAGUAACGUGAGACUGUUAAGACUAACAUGAGCUGAAUGGUUACAAAAACAAGGAAUGCUUAUUAAGGCUGAAGCGAGCUGCUCGACUAUUUGCCUUUAUGAUAAGAAAGAAAAUAAUCACAUCCCUCAACCUUCACAGAGCAUUUCUUGUCCAUGUGGAAUAUUAUAUCAGAAUAUCUUCAGCAGCAUACCAUCAGCUAAAACAUAUAAGAGUUCAAUUUUAAAGGGUAAGAGGUGAAGAAAUUUUUACUAGAGCACCUCAAGCCUCAAGCAAAUAAAACAAGGGAAAUUCCAAGCUACAGGGAUUCUUUUGAUGGACUCAUGUCCAAUUAAACCAAGACAAUAAAAAUGAAAAAAAAUGGUCUGUCGAAACUUUUGAUAAUCUCAAAGCACCACAGCAAUCGCAGCAGAACAAAACUCUUCAGUGACAAACUCCUGCUGGUGUGAGAAGCAGAUGGGGUAUCCUUACAAGGAAGUCCUAAGCUCAAAGAGUCAAUGUAUAAUAUCCACCAAACACCUUAGAUAUGUAUAUCUGGUCACAGUACUGAACUAGUGUUAAAAGAAUAAACAAAACAAAUGUUAGCUAGCUCAUCACAUGUCUGAAUAAAAUUGGAACUGGAAGGAUUUGAUAUGGUGUAUCACACAAUAAAUGAUAAUGCUAAAUUUUGAAGGGACUUAAUCCUAUUGGACUUUUGGAUAAAAUAGACUUUCUUCAAGCCUCCUUGCCUGCCGGUAUCUCCCUCUGCCAUAAUUUUGUCAAACAUAUCCUUAACGUAGAUAAAGCACCAAUAAAAAUUUAUGCUCAUUGAUUUUGUCAAAUACCUCCCAACAGAAACAAAAAGCAAGCGAAAGAC